CGCGCGGGAGAGAGAGAGAGAGAGAGGGAGAGCGAGAGGCUGAGGUGAUUCUCGCGGCUGGGCGGGCAACGGAGGAAGCUUUGUCGGCCGUCGCUCGUUCGCUCGCUCGCUCGCUUUGCCGGCCACCAUGUUCCAAGGGCCCGAGUCCGACACAGCCAGACCCAGCUCCAGGGUGCUGCAGCCACCAGGUGGACUCUCCAGUGACCUCUUUGGAAGUGCAGAAGUGUCCUCUUCCAAGUCACAGAAAAUGACCUCUAACAUAUUUGCAGCGGCUGAAGAACCUAUGAACUUCCCAAAGAGAACCCAUCCCCCAGGUGGGAAGGACAGCGGCAUUUUUGAGGAUCAUAAACCGAAUGCAUCCCGGCAAUUUAUAAACCCACCUGGAGGGAAAACACACAAUAUCUUUGGGAGCUCAUCACCUGUCAGUGCAGUCAAAGCACAUCCGAAUAAGCCCAAGGACCACACCUUUCUGUUGAAUGAUAGAGGAGAUUCAUCACGAGAAACAAAAGUUCCAGAAGACCAAAGACCGCAGAGAGAAGAGUCGAGUGAGAAGAAGGACCUGCUGAAGGAGACCACCAAAGAACCUGGCCCCAAGAUAGACAACCAUGAACCCAGGCUGGGACCACGGCCGCGUUCUCACAACAAAGUCCUCAACCCCCCAGGAGGCAAAUCUAGCAUUGCAUUCUAUUAGGGAAGGCCACUUUCUCACCCCCACCCUUCCCCAAUGUCUUAAGCUUUCAUUCUCAGAACCAAAAGGCUAAUUUUCUAGUGCUUGAAGGAGGGAGGCACUUAGUGGUUUGGCUUGUUAGUCCAUAGCAGCAAUCGGGCUUUGGAGGAGGGGGGUGUUUGUAAGACGGGGACGAGCCUCCUUCCUUCUCUCUGCAUUCUGAACACAGUUAAGGAAGACUUCCAGAGAUGGAUUGCAGAACACAUUCCAAUUAAAGUGCAAUACCAAUUUUUGAUCUGCCAGCUAGGCAACACGGCCUCAAGGAGAUUUUCUCUCUGUUGGUAAACAAGGGAGGCUGCUGCAACCCCUGCCUCGGAAAAGAGAGUCGUCCCUUGAUUGUCGUCUUGCAAAAAAAAAAAAAAAAAGUGCAGGCAAAUCAUUUUUUGAGAUAAGUUAUAGUUGAAAUGAAUCAUGCACAAAUCCCUUUUCUGAAAGAGUUUUAGAAGCUUUGGCUUUGUGGCACUCCUCUUUUGACCAGUUGGCUAUAACUUCAUGAUGAGUAGCACAUUAAAACAAAAAAAUAGAUCUGUUGAUAGAACGAAGCCAAACCGCUUAAGUUUAAAAUUAGAGCCUGAACCCUCUCCAAGGAGGCAGUUCAGAAGCUAGUGACUAACUCUCUCCUUCGUCACUAACCUCCCUGCACAAGCUGUUGUGCCUGAAGACUUUAAUUUGUAUUGGGCAGCGAGCUGCUGUAGCUUUCAGAAAGGUUCUCAUUCUAAUGUUAUGCUGACUCUUAGUCUGUUCUCCUUGUUGCUCUUUGGUUGCCUUUAGCGACCUCUCUGUCCCCUUAGCUGGGUCUUUCUAUGCAGAGGCAGCCUCUGUUACCUUUAGCUACAUGAGGUGGAGCUUAGACACUGGCUGUUUUGUUUUUCAAGUUCUUGGGCUCACCUCUUCCACGCCCUCUGCCAAUAGGAAAGAAAGAUCAGACUGGGGUCCACCAGUUCUUCUAGGGCAGGCAGUGACAAAAGAGGUGGGGCCAGAAUUCUUCAUCUUAUAUGUUUACCUAUUUUAUCUCUUCCUCAGCCCCUCCUUCCCACCUAUACCCACUUCAAACAUUGCAUAGUGCCAAUUCAUGUGGCCUCACAGAUUCUGAACACCAGGGGUCUCCAACCUUGGCCACUUCUAAGACUUGUGGGCUUCAACUCCCAGAAUUCCUUAGCCAACCACGCUGCCUGGGGAAUUCUGGGAGCUGGAAGUCCACAAGUCGUAAAGUUACCAAGGUUGGAAACCCCUGCCGAACUUUCUUGGAAGAAUGUAUGAAAGCUUUCUUUGAAAAAAAAAAGUUUCUGUAAGAGGUCACUUAUUCUAUAGUUAUUGGAAAGCAGAGCGCUUCCAGGUUUAUCAACUGAACAUUAACAUCUCUGUGCCUUUUAACUUGCAAGUGAGUAAACAUUGUUAUAUUGCUAUAACCUUUAAACCAGGGGUCUUCAAACUUGACAGCUUUAACACUUGUGAACUUCAACUCCCAGAAUUCCUCCUCCAGUCAUGUUAGCUUAUGAAUUCUGGGAGUUAAAUUCCACAAGUCUUAAAUUUGCCAAGUUUGAAGACCCUUGCCUUAAACUGUGAAUAUCAACUUCCUGUGAAUUUUUAACCUGAUUCUUAGGAUGACCUAAGGAUGACCCUUGAGGUCUAUUUCUAACAGCUUAAUACCAUUAGGAAAGGGUCAAUCUUGGUUCUCACACGUACACCCAUAUAUUCCAUUGUUAAACAGGAAGCAUUCAAAGACAACUCUUAAUUGUAGAGUAUGUCUGGAUAACUGGAAUGUCGUUUCUUUAGUUUGAUUUAUACAUAAUGCUCUUCUAUCCCCAAUCACAGCUAUUCUGCCCUUACAUUUCCUACAAUCAUAUGGUCUCGUCCCUGUUGGACAUACCUUUAAGUAUUAUAAAACUGCCUAUUUUUGUAAUGUUUCGGUUAUCUGUUUCACAUUGGAACAAAUAUAAGUUGACCCACAAUAAAGCAGCCCAGAUCCAGACUUAACACUCAAAUAAUCUUGUUCUAUAAUUCAAAGGAUGUUCAAAAGCAAGCAAAGUCAUCCUAGAAUGGAUUUGUUAUUCGUGUUCACAAGCUAUGGAAAAGAUCAAUCCCAAAAUACAUUCCAGCAUUCCUUGUUUAAUCCCCAUUACGGGAAGGCAACAUUAGAAAAUAAUGUUGAAAGUCGAAAAUAAAAUCAAGCAUUCCUUGUUUCUCCUUCCUUAUCAAACUCGCCUGUUUGGCUGGGGCCUUUUCAGCCUGUGUCCUACUGACUUGAGGUUUGCUUUUUUUGCUAUGCAGAUGCAGCUCAGGGUAACAAAUCCCAAAGAGACAUGGGCAAAAUGGCAGCCAGUGGCUUAUUCUGGAAGAUUGCCUGAGGUGUGUAUUAAAUGUAAUACCUUGCUGGAAAGGACAGACGCAAGAGGGAAUUGCAAAUUAGUGAGAUGACUGCCAAGGAAGGGAGGACUGAAAGAAGCAGGAUGGCUGCUUCUGAACAUGUCUAUUGAGAAAAACCCUUUGGCAGAAUUAGGAACUUUGGCUAUGAUGGUUAUGCCAUACAGAAUCAAGCGCAAAUGUAAUGUUACAGUCCUGGUAUAGUUGGUUAGCCAACAUCUCCAGGCACAAGCUGGAAGUAGACUAAUUUAACUAUAAGAGCUAGCUCAAGACCCUUACUAGUCUCUGUUGCUUUCAGGACAUUUGCAAUAUACAGUGUUGGGUGGAUGUCACCUUGCACCAUUUCCCAUAAUUGCAGCACGAGUUUGUGAAGAGACAGAAGGGGGAAAAGUCUGUGUUUCUGGAUGAAUUCUUUCUAGACUAGGGGCGUCCACCUUUGGCAAUUUUAAGGCUUCUUGUGGAUUUCAACUCCUAGCUGGCUGGGGAAUUCUGACAGUUGAAGUUCAUGAAUCUUAAAAAGUUGCCAAAGUUGGACAUCCCUGGUCUAGACUGUGUACGAGAAGUCCAAAUGCCUCAGUGUCAAAUGAUCAGACCAUUGUGGUUUGCUUUUUCCAACUCCCUGAAUUUUCUGUUGGAAUUCCAUCAAGCAUAUGUGGCCUUCGUAGAAUAGCUCGAUCCACCAGCGACAAUCACAAGUUCAUUGCAAAGUUAUUUCUGAGAUGCUCUGUACUAGAAGCUAAAACAGUUCAGCAUUUAGAUAAACUCUGGACUAGACAGCCAACCCAUGCUUGAAACUCAGCGCUGGUUUAAUAUUUCUUGCCAAGUUCUCUCUCACGGUUUGCUAUACAGGUAAUGCCACCCUUUCAAUACCAGGGAGAUGAGGGAAAAACAAAUAGAAUGCAAACACCACUUAGCUUUCUAAUGAAACGAGCGACGUGAGAACAAUUGGGCAACGUCAGCUUGGGGUGCCAUUUGCAUGUCAUUGCUACAUGUGGAUUACUUGGAAUUGCACAAUUUCAAAGGGGCGUUUUCACCAGUGCUUCUCUGUUAGCCUUUUUUUCCUGCUAAGCCUUAAGUUAUGAUUGAUUUAACUUGUGCCUAUCAUUUUUUUUCAAGGGGUGGCUGAGGAUUACACUGUGUAUCCAGAAAGGGUAUUUUCCUUUUUAAAAGCUACAUUAGGAGUUAAUAAUAACUCAACUAUGUUGAAUUGUGCUGUUUAAUAAACAACUGUAUUUCACUAGUCCAUUAGAGUAGAGCUGAUGGAUUCUUCAAAUCUUUUUUUAAUCCCCUUAUAGCCUCAUGAGUUUUACAUGUACAAACUAAGAUAGUCUAAGCCCAAGGUGCCUCUCCUAAAAACCAGUUAUUUCUUCCCAAGUGGCUGGUAAUCCAGAGAUUUUACUGUAACCAAACUAGCACACAGUAUAUUGCAUGAAUUGUAAAGAAUGAGAUCGUUGGGG